AUGCACCUCACGGGACUAUUUUCAUUCGACAUCUACUCCUGACCUCGGCGCUAUAUUUAGGAUGACCUUUCAUGGCAUCCUUCUGAUGUGCUUCCCGUAUACCGUGUGUCAACACGUAGGCGGCUAUCGAGCAGGGUACAAGUUCAAAAAGCCAUCGGAAGGAACUUCCCUCUCACCCUGACUUUGGUAUCAUCUUGAUGGUUUUUCGCGACCUUUCUUUCAGCACAGACUUUGCACACAUCAUCAAUGGAAUUAAAGUCUACUCCCGAGAAACACAAGACAUAUUGAACCCAACUAACGAGGAAAUCUUAGCCUCGGUCCCAAUUGCUACCCAGGACCAGCUGAACGACGCUGUGGGGGCCGCAUCGCUCGCAUUUCCCACUUGGGGUGCACUGGCCGUCGAAGAGCGGCAGAAUCUGGUCACUCAAUUAGGCGACUUGAUCAAGGAUAAUUGUGACGCCUUUGUCGAACUUGUUAUCAAAGAAGUUGGAAAGUCACGGGCAUUGGCGGCCGUCGAAGUUGGAAGUUGCGUCGAGUGGUUUCAUGGGGUGGCGACUCAGUCGCUUCCACCUGAGACCAUCUUGGACACGCCCCAGAGGACUGUAACAGUUAAAUACGUCCCGUAUGGCGUAUGUGCUACGAUAACUCCUUGGAACUUCCCCCUCUCCUUGCUGAUUUGGAAGCUUGCACCGGCACUUGUUACUGGAAACUGCGUCGUUGUUAAACCCUCUCCUUACGCACCACUUUCUGCCAUAAAAUUCGUCGAGUUAGCGCAAAGAAUUCUUCCACCAGGUGUUCUUUCGGUUCUAUCAGGCGACGAAAAUCUAGGACCUUGGAUCGUAGAACACCCAAACAUUGCUCGAAUCUCCUUGACGGGCUCGAUUCCAGUUGGCCAAUCUGUGAUGCGCUCCGCAGCGGCCUCUCUGAAGAGCCUUACGUUGGAACUCGGUGGUAAUGAUGCGGCGGUGAUACUGAAGGACGUGGAUCCCAAGCAGAUUGCACCAAUGCUUUUUUGGGGGACGUUUUUCAACUCGGGACAGAUUUGUGCUGCGCUAAAACGGAUCUACAUUCAUGAGGACAUUUACGAUGCCGUAAGAGACGAGCUGGUCGCGUACACGAAGACCAUUAGGAUUGGUGACUGCCUCGACCCGGAAGUGGGAAUGGGUCCAGUGCAGAACAAAGAGCAGUAUCGGAGACUAAGGUCAUUAAUUGAGGAGUGCCACGCCCAAGGAUACAAGUUCGCGUGUGGCGGAAACUUCUUCCCUCCGGAGAGGAAAGGCUAUUUCUUACCAGUCAGCAUUGUCGAUAAUCCACCAGAAGAUUCAAGAAUUGUUCAAGAAGAACAAUUUGGGCCCGUGGUCCCUCUAUUGAAGUGGCGCAACGAAGAGGAUGUCAUUAGACAGAUGAACUAUGGGGAUUAUGGCCUAGCUGCAUCUGUGUGGAGUAAGGAUGUCAAACAUGCUGAAGAAAUUGCGGAGCGACUCGAGGCUGGAACAGUCUGGAUAAACGAAUCUCAGCAAUUCCAUUGGAACCAGCCCUUUGGAGGAUUCAAGCAUUCUGGGAUAGGCGUUGAGCAUUCAAAACACGGUCUUGUGGCUUGGACUAACAUCAAGAGCAUCACGGCAAAUAGAAUGGGUGCUUGAGAUAGCUGCUCUGAAUAAUGUAACUAGACUUGGCAAUAAUGUUUGGAGUGCGACCUAAGGAUAUAUGCGCUUAGUCUUAAACAAGAUUCUUUCGACGGCAUCCAUACCGGUCAUCUAGGAGGGAGAAUAACAUCUGAAUAUGUUUUGCAUCGGGUAUAACAAGUUUGUCCCAGUCCCUUUUGCCUGGAUGAUAUGGCGGCUCGGGUAUAAUCUUGCCCCAAACCAACUUGGACUCGACAAUUCCAUUCCAUCUCCAUCGAUUAUGCCGCGGGUUUCGAUAGAGGCCCCAUCGGAAGACUAUCCAUGUUCUAGUUUUUCUGCAAUGUUUCUCAAAUGCAGAUAUUCCUAGUCUCGCUUGGACUAUUAACUGGCAGUGGGG